UACACACAUAACACUGGGCGCAUUUAUGCUGGGGUCAUAAUAGUUCAUAUAUGCAUAACAUUAUAGGGAAAUGACCUAUGAUCAUUUCUGAAUAUAGACUUUCUACUUUACAAGCUUGUACUGAGAGUCAUCAAAUCUCAUUAUUAUCUUAUGUUUGGCCUAUAAUUUGUUUUGUUGUGGCUUGUGUGAGUUUUGAUUCAUCCUAACCCGUUUUUUCUCGACUGGCCCAAUUAAACCUCAAUUUUACAAAAAAAAAUGCAAAGUUCAUCGUUAAAAAGAUUUGUGAAAAGAAAACUAACUAAUAACCAACUGUUGAUUAUUGUAGACUAUGGAUGAACCUGUCGUUGUGAAAAAGGAAUUGAUAAAAACAGAAGCAGAGAUAUCUGAAAGGCUAGAAGAACAACAUGGGGGUCAAGAAACUGGUGUCCCACAAGAACAAGUUCAACAGGAAGAAGUUGUUGUAUUACAAAACCUACAGUUUGCUGAGGAAGAAACACCAGUGAUUUUAAACGAGUUUACUGCCUCUGAUUCUGAUGGAAAUUUAGAGAUUGCUACUUUGGAGGAGGAAGGCGAUGAAGUAGUCCAUGCAUAUAUUAUAGAAAAUGAAGAAUAUGAGGAUUUAGAAGGACAUGAAGUUAUUUACCAAACUGUGCAAGAAGAUGGCACUACUGUCCAAUACAUCAUUGCGGAGGAUGAUGAAGAAGGAGAGGAGACAGUGUAUACAGAGAUUGAACAGGAGGAUCAAACUGAAGAUGAUCAACAGAUGGAGUAUACAUAUGAGUAUGAGCAAGUUGAGAUUGAGGAUAAUUCAACCCCUGAAGAAGGACAUGAGGAAAUACUAGAACAGGAAGAAGUAGGACUUCUUGAUGAGGACGACAGCACUGCAGAUACAGUUCAGGAAGAAGAGGAGCUACUAGAAGAAAAACCUGAAGUGGUUGAGGUGAAACAGGAGGAUGUUUUCACUUGUGAAUUCUGCGGAAAAUGCCUCAAAACUGCAGUGGGUUUGAAGAGACAUAUAGCAACAAGCCACGAAGUAGAUCAAUUUAAAGAAGAAGAUGAUGAUCCUCUUUCAUUGCAACUUUGUGCAUGCUGUGGAGAACCAUCUGACACAGCUCACUCUGUCGGCGAUUUCAAAUGCAGUAUUUGCGAUAAGCUGUUUGUCCAACUGGUCUGUCUCAACCGUCAUUGUAGUAUCGAGCAUCCUACCGAUGGAAAAUAUCAAUGCGUUGAGUGCAAAAAGGUGUUUGCCGAGAAAGAGUUGUUGGCGCAACACAUGUUCCUCCAUCCUAUCAGGAUCUUCAAAUGUCCAUCCUGCAGUAGGGAGUUUAACAGGAGGUACGAUCUGGCCAGGCACAUCUGCCAGUCGUCUUGCAUGGGACCGAGGAAAACUUUUGAGUGCAGAGUUUGCAAUAGGGUGUAUACCCGCAAAGACAAUUUAGCUGAACAUUUGAGAGGUCAUGCUGGUCAGGCGAAACCGAAAAAACUGUCUAGGUGCUCGUACUGUGGCAAAGAAUUCUGCAGCAACAAUUUACUACAAAUCCAUGAAAGAACUCAUACAGGCGAGAGGCCGUUCCCAUGCGACAUGUGUCCGAAGCGGUUCCCAUCCAGCGGCGCGCUUGCGAAGCACCGUCGCAUGCACACCGGCGAGAAACCGUACGAGUGCAGCCAAUGCAAGAAGCGAUUCGCCGCCAAGGAGACAUUGAACAGACACGUGAAGACGCACACCGGCGAACGGCCGCACACGUGCCAGUUUUGUGGAAAGUCCUUCAUACAACCCAGCCAGCUGCGCGCGCAUAUCUUCCAUCACACCGGCGAGAACGGGUACACGUGCCAGCAUUGCGGUAGGGCGUUCAAUAGGAAGCUGAGGUUGACUACACACAUCAAGUAAAUCAGAAGAAUGCUUUUGACCAGGAUUAAGAACUUUUUUCGAGAAUCCCAAUAGAUGUCC